AUGAUGGAUGCAGGCAGCAUUAGCGCGGCCGCGCUCCCCGGCUGGGCUAACGUGGGGCUGGAGGACGCGCGAGCCAUCCUGGACAACUGCUCCGUCGCCGUCCACUUUGUUGACGCAAACGGAACCAUCAUCUACGCCAACAAGGCCGAACUCGAUUGCCUCGGCUACACGGCGGAGGAGUACCUGGGUCGCAACAUCACCGACUUCCACGCUUGUCGCGAGACCAUCAACGACAUUUUUGAUCGUCUCAAGCGGCAGGAGACCUUGCUCAACUACGAGGCGGAGCUUGCGUGUAAGGACGGCACGCGCAAGGUGCUCCAGAUCAACAGCAACGUCUACUGGCACAACGGCGAGUUCGUGCACACGCGGUGCUUCUCGCGGGACAUCACGGACCUCAAGCGCGCGCAGCUGCGGCUGCUCGAGGAGCAGCGCCUCCGGCUCGAAGAGGCCGAGGAGUACAAACGCAAACAAAACGACUUCAUCGAUAUGCUCUGCCAUGAGCUGCGCAAUCCGCUGAACGGCGUGCUGGGACUGCUGGCGUGCGUGCGCGAGGAGAUGGCGGGACUGCGCGGAGCCAUCCGCGAGAAGGACCUCGUAGCGGCCGAGCACAAGGCCAAGUACGCCGCGCAGUUUCUGGCGCACAUCGACGAAUGCGCGCAGCACCAGCGCGUGAUCAUGGACGACGUGCUCAAUCUCUCGCGCCUCGAGACCACCAACCUCGGCACAGCCGGCCACACCACCUUCGACCCGCGGCACACGCUCGAGUCCGUCGUCAACAUGUACAACGGCAUGGCGCGCAUGAAGCACCUGCAGCUCCUCACCAACACCGACCGGGUCCCGCCCGGCGCCGAGGGGCUCGUCAUCGCCGACGAGAACCGGCUCAAGCAGAUCCUGAUCAACCUCAUCAGCAACGCCCUCAAAUACUCCAGGGACCGAGGCCGCGUGACGAUCACCCUGCGCACCAAGCAGAAGCAGGUGGGCGGCGACGGCGACGGCGACGGCGACGGCGAUGACGACCAAUGGGUCUACCUGGAGGGCAGCGUGGAGGACAACGGGGUGGGCAUCACGGACGACGCGCAGGCGCUGCUGUUCGCCCCGUUCGCCAAGCUCAAGCGCAAGCGCGUGCUUGAGUACGGCGGGUCGGGCCUGGGCCUGCGCAUCACCAAGGAGCUGGUCGAACUCAUGCACGGCUCCAUCUCCGUGCGGAGCGCGAUCGGCGAGGGAAGCGUGUUCACGUUCGUCGUGCGAUGCGGGCGGCCCAGGCCUGGGACCACCGCCGCGACUCUGAGCGACGUCCGGUCAUCGGCGGGCAUUCACGGGCGCGAGGCGGCGGAGGCCCUGAUCAAGGAGGCCGAGGAGCGGGUGCAGCGCGAGGCAUCGGGAGCGACGACGGCGGCCCAGCUCCGACGACCACGGGUGCUGGUAUGCGAAGACAACCAAAUCAACCAGAUGGUGCUGUCGCGGUUUUUAGAGCGGCGCGGCAUUGAGUACGUGGUCGCGCCCUCAGGCGAGGAUGCGCUCAGGCUCUACCGAGACUCGCUCGCAGACAAAGACGACGGUGGACCACCCGAUCAGCGACGCCCGUUCGACCUCGUCUUCAUGGACAUCGAGCUUCCGGGGAUGAACGGCAUCGAGGCGACGCUGCAGAUCAGAAAGGUCGAGGAGGAGCACGCCGGCGGCAAGCGACGCGUGCCGGUCGUGUGCAUGUCCGGAUACACGCGAAGCGAGUACAAGCUGAUGGCCUUCGGCGUGGGGAUGAACGACUACAUCAGCAAGCCCUUCUCCAAGGACAAGGUCUACCAGCUCAUCGACCACUACGUCCUCCCCUCCUGA